AACACUGCACAUGUUCUCGACAGGUCACGUGUCCGAAUGUAAGGCAAUUGUAAACAUAAUGUGGAUUUGAUGUCUUUCUCAAAAUUGUAUUUCAUGGAAGACUUUUAUUUCUGAUAUAGCAUUUGUACUGGAUUGCAUGCAUGCAUGGUGUAUAAUUAAAUUGUUGAAGAGGAAAAAAGAAAUAUUCUGUUGUUGUGGAAGUUUCGUACUCAGUGCAGUUCGCAACGACUUAAACGGGUGACAUUCACGGACAAAUAAUUUGUCUGAUCAAGUGAGACAGUUUCAAUAACUUAAAUUUUCUCCUUAUUCGUCAGAACUUUGGACAGUCCAAUGCAUGACACAGCUGUGACUUGAACAAAUAACAAAAUGGCUGCCCAAGAUAUGGACAGUGUAGUAAAAAAUGCAGGCGGCGGUGCGAGCUUUCUUGACUUUAAGUUGAAGAGGAGACGCAUUAGUGACAUUAUAAGUGGUGCAGGUAGUUACUGUCAGAUCGAGUCCGAUGUUCAGAGUAAUAUGAGUAGUGAGAGCGGGUACGUUAGUCAGGUUGACAGCUCGCCCAGCAGAAAUGACAAAAGUGGGUCGCCAAAAAAUGGUAACUGGGAAGAUGGAAGUGAAAGUGAAUUAGUUACUAGUGAAAUGGAGGCGACGGAGACGAAAGAGGAGGAACCGGCUGUUACAGGGAUGCCACACUUCAACUCAAACCUGUUUGUUCCGCCAGCAUACUGUAGCAACAGUGGUGAAAAUAUGCACAUUGGAGUGGCAUAUGUAAGCUUCCCGUCGGAAUCGUAUAAUGAUUCAGAUAAACAAAAUGGUGAAUUGAAAAUGGGUCUCAUUCCUAUGAUGUCACCAAUGUCUGGGUUUCUUCCUUUCGGAGUUAACGGACUCUCUGGAGUCUCGCUACCAAAGGAUCUUCCAAAAGGGGUGAAGCCUCUCUUUGUAACAGCUAUGCCUAGCGGUUUUAUUAUGACAUCCUCUGGGCCAGUGGCUCUUCACACUAAUACAAGUAAUACUUUCAAGGGACCUCAAGAGACUGGGCGUAAACAUAGGCUGAGUUGUACUGAUUCUGAAAAAAGUGUUUCAAGUGGAACAAGUUCGAAAAAAAUUGUGACAAAAGAGACAGAAUCCGAAUUUAUAGAGCAUUAUACAAAUGGAACAUUCGAGUAUUUAGGACAUCUUGGUAGUUUAAAACGUGAAAACCAAAAUGAGUGUGUCCGGAAUGCCUCGACAUCCUCAGUAGAGAUGCAAAGCGUUGCGAUGGAAGAGUUGGUGCGGGCACCAACACCAACGUAUGAUAACAAAUAUCCGAUGGUCUGUGGUAUUUGUAACGAUAAAGCGACAGGUCUUCAUUAUGGAAUCAUUACUUGUGAGGGGUGUAAAGGUUUUUUCAAACGUACUGUGCAGAAUCGUCGGGUUUACACGUGUGCUGGAGGAAUGGGCGAAUGCGAAAUCAACAAAGCACAGAGAAAUAGAUGUCAGUUUUGCCGUUUCAAAAAAUGUCUGCAAGCGGGUAUGGUACUUGCAGCUGUGCGUGAAGAUAGGAUGCCAGGGGGACGUAACUCUGGGGAAGUGUAUAAUCUAUACAAGGUGAAAUACAAAAAGCACAAACGUAGGGAUGAAACCCGGCUCUGCAAGGAGCGUGUUGCAAAGAUUGUAACAAGCCAGGAUAACCAGCAAGUAAGAAUCAGUCCAGUGAAGCCGGGACACAACAAUCGCAGCAUUUUACAUGUACCAUACUUCAACAUGCCUGAGGCUGGGUACACGCAUGAUGAUGCCAGAGGACCUGGUUCCAGUGUGACAUCAAGUUAUUCUCAAUCAAAUUCAAGUUGUAGAAGCCAGGGAGAGAUUUUUUACGCUAAUAGCUCCUCUCAGUAUCCUCAUAUUGACAGUCGUGACAUGCGGGUUUCGGGUCAAGGCAAUUCCUCAGCAUUAAAUCAGCCACUAGAAAGGGAAAGCAUCAGCAGUAAAGACAGAAUUGGUUAUGUUCAGAUGUCGUCAAACCCGGAAUAUAUGCCACAUGGCAAUUACAGUGAACAUGUGCAUUCUGGUAAUAUGCCGAGAAAUAGUGUCAUUCAUCCAUUCAACAAUGAAUCUCGUAAAAGGGACCAUUCGCACGUAGAUGAUAAUGUUAUGGAAGAUUUGUAUGGGUACAAUCAGAGUAUAUAUAGUAAUCCAUCAGAAGGGCCAGAGAAGAAAUUCAAACAUACUGAAAACAACAUUAACGGAGGUGAGAGUUACAACCAGACACAACGGGAACGUGUCGAAAAUUGGCCACAAUAUUGGAGUUUCAAGAAUCCUUCACAGUAUCAGGAUUUCAAAUCGGAGAGACGCUUUAAAGAUUCUGUUGAUAAUUUUAACCCAGUAGCAGAAGAUAGUGCAUCAUUGCACCAAAACACAGAUGUCAAAAGCUAUUUUCAGACGCCUAUAUCCAAAGACUCUCAUGCUAUCUUACGAAGCACUCUGUUACAAAAAGAUGACUUGUUCGCAUUGACGGCAUGCCCAAAAACUACAUAUUCAGGGUCUGUAAGUGCGAGAUCUCAAGAUAGCAAAGUUUCUUCUUUAUCGCACAAUACACCAGAUAUAGUGUCGACCAGUCAAGUCAGGAAUUUGGAGCAACGGUCACACUUUUUGAUUGACAGUCUGUUAGAAUGUGACCGUCUGCUUGAUAUCACUGAUCUGUAUCAGACAGAAGAUUUGUUAUCAAACUCAAAAGAUGUUACCAAGCUUUUGUGUGAUCUUGGUGACAAAAUUGUUGGCAAGUUGGUAAAAUGGACGAAACAUCUGACAUUCUUUAAGGAGAUUCCCAAAAAUGUGCACUCACAGCUUCUAUCAAGCAAGUGGCAUGAACUUCUGUUGCUUAUAACAACGGCGUACAAAGCCAUACGUGGACACGGGAACAACGGAAUGUCAGAAGAAGAUCUCUACUCACUUAAUAUGAAACAUUUACAGGGAUAUUUGGAGUGUUUGUUCCAAAAGGAGUUUACAGCGGACCAAUUAGAUUCGGAGCUCGGUGAAAUGAUGCGUAUCAUCACGAGCCUGAUGCAUGGGUUUAUGAGGAUGGGUCUCAUGAAAGAAGAAUAUGUCUGUUUGCAAGUGAUUCUGCUUCUAAAUCAAAGUGGCUGGGACCAAAAUGAAAUGGUGAACAAAGUGCAGGACCGAUACAGUGCCAUUCUCAAGGAGUAUGUAGCGUGUCAUUGUCCGGAACAACCGAAUCGCUUUGCCGAACUGUUACUAUGGUUACCACAGAUUCAAACUGCUUCGGCUUUACUUAUCAAAAGCAAAAUGAUCUAUAUACCAUUCUUCUUGAAUCAUUGAACUGUGUCGAUUGAAGUCGUUGUACCAGGUUGAGGUACAGCAGUACACGCUCAGAACUUUCUUCCGUAAAGAAUAAAACUUGUGCACUAUUUCCGUUUUGGCCAUUUUAUGCCAAACGUGUGUUAAAAAGUUUAAAAAAAAAUGUGUAGUGGAUUCCAGGUAACUCUGGUCGAACCCCUUCAGAAAUAAUGUUUAGAGUGGGAGAGUGCAUUUAUUACUGCAUAUUCUUCCUUUAAAAUAGCUUUAAGUGCAGUGGCUUUAAUCAUAUUUGUUUCUAAAUUUAGAAGCUGUUUAUAUGUAUUGUAUGAACUGCAUUUUAGUGGUGCAUUAUGGUACUAAAUGUAUCGUUGACAAACAAGAUUAGUUGUGUUUUUGUCGUUAAUUUGACAACUGUUAUAUUGUGGUCAGUUGUUAUUAUUUUGUAUUGUUGUUUGAAUGUUUGAUCAUUGUUAAGUGUGCUAUUAAUUUAUAUCAUAAGUUCUUUGUUUUAACUACAAGUUUGCACAAUGUUUUUAGUAUUAGUGAAUGAGAAUAAUUAGUGCAAGACAGAAGUUACCCCAGUUUCAGAAGCAUCCAUUUUUUUUAAAGUGUAAAGCACCCAUACAAGGAACUCUUAUGCAGUGCUAGUAAUUUUUAUUUGGAGCAGCAGGGCCUCGAGCUCACAGCCCCUGGUUUCUGAGUCAGAUACGUUUGCUAGUGGACCACUGUGUCUACUCCUGGUCUUUUUAUUUAUCCUUUUAUUGUUGUCACAAUAAUUUACAGAUCAAAUUUCUUUAGAUCAUAAUGAAAUUCAGUCGAAUGCUAGUUUCACAGUAGUGGUUAGAUGAAUUACAGCACAAGCUCUACAUGUAUUUGCACAUGUGAGUUUCACAAAAAAAAUAAUGUUGCCAUUUUACUUUUCUUUAGUGUAAACUGUGACGUUCUUGUUAGAAAUGCAUUCUAUGAAAGUCUAUUUUUAGAGACAGUGUUGUUUCUUGGGAUAGGAUUCAUUGCUUAAAUAAGAUAAAUAUCAAGAAGUAAUUGCGUAAUUGCACUACAUAUUUAUAGCUCAACUGAACUUUGUUCAGAAUAAACUAUAAGCAUAAGUGGACGAUCUGGCAUCCAUCGUUGAAGGUCCUUCGUCCACAGUUUACAUAAACAUCUUCGCCUUUGAAACUACUGGACAGAAUUACACUAACCUUGAUCUGUAGCACCUUGGCAAGGUUAUUUAUGUCUCCCCCAGGAGACAUAUUGUUUUUGCCCUGUCCCCUGUCCGUCCGUACGUCACACUUCAUUUCCGAGCAAUAACUGGAGAACCGUUUGACCUAGAACCUUCAAACUUCAUAGGGUUGUAGGGCUGCUGGAGUAGACGACCCCUAUUGUUUUUGGGGUCACUCCGUCAAAGGUCAAGGUCACAGGGGCCCGAACAUUGAAAACCAUUUCCGAUCAAUAACUAGAGAACCACUUGACCAAGAAUGUUGAAACUUCAUAGGAUGAUUGGCCAUGAAGAGUAGAUGACCCCUAUUGAUUUUGGGGUCACUCUGUCAAAGGUCAAGGUCACAGGGGCCUGAACAUUGAAAAUCAUUUCCGAUCAAUAACUAGAGAACCACUUGACCCAGAAUGUUGAAACUUCAUAGGAUGAUUGGCCAUGAAGAGUAGAUGACCCCUAUCGAUUUUGGGGUCACUCCGUCAAAGGUCAAGGUCACAGGGGCCUGAACAUUGAAAACCAUUUCCGAUCAAAAACUAGAGAACCACUUGACCCAGAAUGUUGCAACUUCAUAGGAUGAUUGGUCAUGAAGAGUAGGUGACCGCUAUUGAUUUUGGGGUCACUCCAUUAAAGGUCAAGGUCACAGGGGCUUGAACAUGGAAAACCAUUUCCUAUCAAUAACUAGAGAACCACUUGACCCAGAAUGUUGAAACUUCAUAGGAUGAUUGUACAUGCAAAAUAGAUGACCCCUAUCGAUUUUGGGGUCACUCCAUUAAAGGUCAAGGUCACAGGGGCCUUAACAUUGAAAACCAUUUCCGGUCAGUAACUUGAGAACCACUUGACCAAGAAUGAUGAAACUUCAUAGGAUGAUUGGUCAUACAGAGUAGAUGACCCCUAACGAUUUUAGGGUCACUCUGUUAAAGGUCAAGGCCACAGGGGCCUGAACAUGGAAAACCAUUUCCAAUCAAUAACUUGAGAACCUCUCGACCCAGAAUGUUGAAACUUCAUAGGAUGAUUGUUCAUGCAGAGUAAAUGACCCCUAUUGUUUUUGGGGUCACUCCGUUAAAGGUCAGGGUCACAGAGGCCUGAACAUUGAGAACCACUAGGCCAAGAGUGUUGAAAUUUAGCAGGAUGACUGGACAUGCCAAGUAGAUGAUCCCUAUUGCAGCCAACCAUCAGUGUCUCUUUGACUUUCGCUCCUGACCCCUAUUGACUUCUUGCCUAUAGGACUUUGCAUUGGGGGAGACAUGCGCUUUUUUACAAAAGCAUUUUCUAGUUCUCAGUUGUUUUUUAGCCCACCAUCAUCAGAAGGUGGGCUAUUCAAAUCACUCUGCGUCCGUGGUCCGUCGUCCGUCCGUCCUUCCGUCCGUAAACAAUUUCUCGUUAUCGCAUCUCCUCAGAAACUACCAGGGGGAUUUUGACUAAACUUUGUCAGAAUGAUGUAUUGGUACCCUAGUUGUGUCCCCCUGAAAAUCAGACUGGUUCAACAAUUUUUUAGUGAGUUAUGGCCCUUUGUUUAUUUCUAUAAUUUACAUAGAUUUAUAUAGGGAAAAACUUUGAAAAUCUUCUUGUCCAAAACCACAGAGCCUAGGGCUUUGAUAUUUGGUAUGAAGCAUCAUCUAGUGGUCCUCUACCAAGAUGAUACAAAUUAUUUCCCUGGGAUCUAAUAUGGCCCCGCCCUGGGGGUCACUUGGUUUAUAUAGACUUAUAUAGGGAAAAACUUCGAAAAACGUCUUGUUCAAAACCACAGGGCCUAGGGCUUUGAUAUUUUGUAUGUGACAUCAUCUAGUGGUCUUCUACUAAGAUUGUUCAAAUUAUCCCCCUAGGGUCAAAUAUGGCCCCGCCCCGGGGGUCACAUGGUUUACAUAGACUUAUAUAGGGAAAAACUUUGAAAAUCUUCUUGUCCAAACCACAAAGCCUAGGGCUUUGGCAUUUGUAUUGUAGCAUCAUCUAGUGGUUCUCUAUCACGUUUGUUCAAAUUAUCCCCCUAGGGUCAAAUAUGGCCCCGCCCUGGGGGUUACAUGGUUCAUAUAGACUUACAUAGGGAAAAGCUUUUAAAAUCUUCUUGUCAAUAACUAGCUGCAACAUACAAAUUUGUAUGGUUUUGAGUGGCAAGAUGAACCUUGACAUGAGUUGACCUUGAUUUUGACCUAGUGACCUACUUUCACAUUUCUGUAGCUACAGCCUUCAAAUUUGGACCACAUGCAUAGUUUUGUGCACUGAAAAGAACUUUGACCUUGACAUUGACCUAGUGACCUACUUUCACAUUUUUGAAGGUACAGGCUUCAAAUUUGGACCACGUGCAUAGUUUCGUGUUCGAAAAUGAAAUUUGACCUUGAUUUUGACCUAGUGACCUACGUUCACAUUUCUCAAGCUACAGCCUUCAAAUUUGGACCACCAGCAUAGUUUUGUGUACCGAAACAAACUUUGACCUUUACAAUGACCUAGUGACCUACUUUCACAUUUUUGAAGGUACAGUCUUCAAAUUUGGACCACAUGCAUAGUUCUGUGUUCCGAAAUAAAAUUUGACCUUGAUUUUGACCUAGUGACCUACUUUCACAUUUCUUGAGCUACAGCCUUCAAAUUUGGACCACUUGCAUAGUUUUGUGUACCGAAAUGAACUUUGACCUAGUGACCUGCUUUCACAUUUCUGUAGCUAAGGCUUCAAAUUUAGACCACAUGCAUGACCUACUUUCACAUUUUUCAAGCUACAGCUUUCGUGUUGUGUACGGAAAUGAAAUUUGACCUUGAGCUAGUCAGUAAGUCUUGAAAUUUGGAACACUCAAAAAUGGCACAUUGGUGGACGCCAAGAUCACUCUGUGAUCUCUUGUUUUUUUUUUCAAAUGGUCCUGAAAAUAUUUAGAAAAACUGUUUGGAAGUUGAAAGUAACUUGCAGAGAACGGAACUCUGGUUAGGUUAACUGCCUGCAAUUAUGUUACUGAAAUUCUGUUGAAAAACGGUGUUAAACCCACAUCAAACAAACAAACAAACAAGGUUAUGUAGUCAAGAUCAGGUGAGCAACUUUGGCCCACUAUGGCCCCCUUGUUAAAACAAACCACCAAUAUGCCAUAUAGGUAGUUUUUUUUCCCAGGUUAUGUAUUCAGGGACUGAUGUUAAGUAUAGUCUUGCUGUUAAGCAAAUUUACCUACUUUAAUGUAAAAAUAUCUCAGUAAAUUAUUUCUGACUUAUUAUGAAUACUUCUGUAUUGUUCUGUUCGUAUUAUUUUGUUAGUGGUAUGUAUAUUGAUGAAUAGUAAGUAUGAAAUGAACUAUUAUCGUAGGCAAUGAAUUAUUUUCGUGGGCAUGAAAGUUUAUGACUAGGACCAAAAGGGCUAUUUCUUGUGGGAUAGGAGUUUGUAGGUUUCAGACUUAGAACAUUAAGUUAAAAGGAAUUUUACUGGUUCAUUAGAAUAGGAUUUAAAUUUGGGAAUUGAUUCGACUAUGAUUUCCACGAUAAUUAGUCUCCUGUGAAUAUUGAAUGAUUUUGUAGUACAACAGAGGUGGGAGUUAUCUUCUUGUCUCGUUGUUUUGUUAACCAGAUUGUGGUUCUGCCUUUGCGAUCAGUGCAGACCAAGAUCAGCCUACACAUUGUGCAGUCUGAUCUAUUCAGUCAGUAAAUUUUUAGUGAACACCCCUUUGAAUAAUAAAUGGUAUUACCCAGAUUGAAUGAUGGACCAGUCCAUUUUAGAAAUUUAGCAGGUUUAAUGUUAAUAAGUGAUGCGUUUAAUGCUGUAAAAUCAAUAAUAUUCGUGGGAAACCUUCAUGGAUUUUUUAGGUUGUGUUUAUCCAUGAAAUUUAAUAGAAAAGGCCUAUAUAUUUUAUUUUUGCACUUUGGGCUCCCACGAAAUUAGAGGUUUGGCCAAAAGCACAGAAUGUAAUCCAAAUGAAAUGAAAAAAUUUCAUAGUACUUUUUGGUAAGUUGAUCACCAAAGACAUUUUGUUGAUUGUUUUUCCUUAAGAAGUGUCACUUUUACUUAAACAUAAUAAAUUAUGGCUUUUAUGCUAAGAUAUCCUGAAAUAUUUUUAAGAAUGAAGUCAGAAUUUCAAUUAUGAAGAAAAUGUAGUGUUGAAAAUGGCUGACAUUAAUUAAAUGAAAAUUUCUUUUAUUGAAAUAGAUUUAGACUGAAUAGUAAUCAACUAGAAAAAAAUGUGAGAACUUAUUUGAAUCUAAUUUUAUUGCCAUUUAUUGAAUAGCUCUGGCAAUUAUGACCUAAGGUGUGCCAUUAUGGCAAGAACACACAACUAAGCGGUAUAUUAACCUCUUAUUAAAUUCGCCGUAUCACCUAUAAUUGUGUCAGUGCAACAUUAAUCCCAACAGAA